AUGACACCUGAACGUCGUAUCACUCGAUCUCGUACCGCUGCUCAACGUCCAAUACCCAUCCUUCGUCCUCCAUCUCCAUCUCCAUCGUGUUCUCCUACCCCUGCACCACUGAUUAUCCUCGAUGUCCUCAAACCUGAUUCACUUCCAUCUUCCCGUGAAUCUUCGCCUGAUCCGAAUUCCGAUGACGAUUCCGACGUUUCCUCUUCUCUCUCAGCCCUGAGCUCCGCUGCUGCUCAGUCCGAGUCAGAUUCACCGGCACCUACACCUGCUGCUAUCCUCGCCACCACUACCACUCAAGCACUCAAUUCUGUCAAAGCCGAUACUCACACUAAGAAGAAACGUAGGACCUCUCCUCCACCACCUACCACCAAUCAAACAGCGGCACCAGCGCUGGUGCGAGCCACUUCCACACCAAAAGUCCCCACCACCACUGCGGCUGCUUCUGGCAAAUCCAAGGCACCUCGAGUAUCGACUGUCGGAGCUACUGCCCCCACUAGAGCCCAGAAGGCACUGCUGGUCAGAGAAUCUAAUUCGACCAGUAGAGCAGGUUCUCAACAUGUAGUAGAGGACGAUACACCCUUACCUUUACCUCCGUCUAGAACAGGUAUGGGAGAAGGUGCUUUCCCUACACCUAAAGAAUCGUAUCUAAGACAGGAGAAUUACUUUUUGAGGAAAGAAGCAGAGUACAUCAUCCAUCAAGCUGAAGUGCAUAAGAAGGAAUUGAAUAAACGUAAAGAUCGAGAUGAGAGGAAUGGAACUACUUUAGUUGAGGGAAAGAGGAAUAGGAAAUCAAUCAAUUACAACGAAGAUGAAGAUGAGGAUGGUGAUGUUGAUCUGUCAAAUCAUGAAGAUGAAGAUGGAGAUGAUUCGGAAGGUGGACCUGGACCGUCAACAUCUAUAGCUAGAUUGAAAAGACGUCAAUCUCAAUUGAAUGGCAAUAGAAAUGGGAAUGGACAUGGAUCAAGCUCUAAUGAAAGAAGGAGAUCGUCUACCACGAAUAUGAAGUUUCCUGAACCCGUGAAAGAUCAAAGUUUUGAAGGACAAUUCAACCAAUUGCAAAAAGAACAUAAAGCUAAUAUCUUAGCUGAAAAAGCCGCUGAACAAUCUCGACCACCCAUAUUCCCCAAGAACGCUAGACCGACAGUCGUUCUUGCUAAUGGAACUGUCAAUGGUAUUGGAGGAAAGACCGUACCGAGAGAUAAGACUGAGAGGACUUAUCAAGAGGGAUUGAGUGGGUUGAGUAAUGAGAUGGAGAUUGAUGCCCAGGGGUUUGUGGAUAAUGUUAAAGAAAACCUUCGUGCGAUCUUGAAAUACUAUUUCCCAGAACGAUCACCCCGUCGAGAUGCCUUUUGUGAGAGGAUAGGGCGAGGUCUGGCACAGCUGGGCUGGGAAUUGACGGAUAAUGCAGACGCUGCUUUGUUACCUUGA